AGUGAUUUCACAAUUACAAAUGACUCAUGUUGAAGAGAAGAUCAUCAUAGAACAAGUUAAGGAUACACAUAAUCCGACUGGUGGCAUAGAUGUUGAUGCUAAUUGUCUUCUCAAGUUUGUGGACAACAUUUUCAAUUUCAAUACGGUUCGUCGAGAUGCAAUGCAAGACAAGUUACAACUACAAGAACACAUCCAGAAGGAGAUUUCAUUUGUUGUUUUACAACUCUCUUUCGUGAUAGCCUUCACUUCGGUAAGCAAUGAUGAUUGUCACUCAACUGCAAUUUAUCUGCUAAGUUUGUUGUCAAAGUAUAUGUGGCAUGUUAAGGAGUAA